GCCUCCAAAGACGCCGAAUGCGUAAACUUCACAACACUGAGCGACAUGAGUAGAUCAAGGUUUUUCUCCAACAACGUAACUACAGACAGCGACCUUUAUCUAAAAAACUGGUUUGCAUUUAACGGAUCAGCCGGAGACCUCAUUGCAACCUCAUGUGUUGCGUCCAAUCAUUGUGGUACCUCAGUACCAGGAUGGAUGCUGGGAAGACAUCCAAGUGUCGUCGAGGGUGUGGUCAGACGGUUUGCUUGCUUUUCUCAGAAACAGCAAUGCUGCAUGUAUUCUGUGAGCAUGCGUGUAAGAAACUGCAGCUCAUUCUAUGUGUACAAGCUGGAUUCAAUGCCUUCAUUCUCCGUCAGUUUUCGCAUGUGUGGAGCUGGCAUCGAAGGUACUGCAAAUACUAUUUGGACUAACUUACAUCUUCCUUUUAGAUCAAAAAGUUUUUUAAUAUCCUUCGAAAAUUUAAGUUAUUUGUCACCAUAAAUACGCGAAAACAUGUGCUAAAUAACUUUAAUAACUAAAUUUAAUAACUAAAUAACUUUAAUAACUGGCGUAGACCUGGCGAUUCAAAACUUACGGGGAAAAAUAGCAACAUAAUCGACUUACUUCAAGCUUUAAUCUGAUCGAUCGAAAAAUUAAACUCAGUUUGCAUAAGAAUUUGAUAAGCAAAACAAUUCAAGACUAUAAAUUAAAAGAAGCAAGUUUCGGUAGAGUUUUUCAUUUUGGCAAGAAUAUAGGGGCAAAGAUUGGAGUUUUGAAGCAAAGAGAUAAGAAAAAUUUUAACCAUUUCCUAGCCUGAUAAGAUAAACUGUCUUUCAAGACCGUUUACUAAUUUUCAGCGUUAUUGUCUUUGCUUGUAGGAGUUUUAUACAGUGUUGAAAAGGCCAUCAACAAAUCUUCAGGUACUGAAAAGGCUGACUAAAUGUUUUCUUCUAUGAUAAUUCUUAAACAAAAUAUGUUUUCCUGGUGUAAUCGUAUAGAAUGUAAUGCUUUGGAUUACGACAUCCAGAUUUCGAUUCUUUAACUCCAGGGCAGACCGAUUUGGCAGUGGAUUUCAUUCAAUCAGUUAAAACACAAAAUCCUUGAGAUUCAAAAUCUGGAUUUCAAAGGUCUAAUCUAUAUUUUUUAGCCGGAAGUACGCCAUGAUGGGUAGCUUAAGCUAUCGUACCAUAAUCAAGUAAAAAUGCUUGAACAACGUUUUACUUUCAGGAAAUAGCGGUGAUGAAUGUUCUAGCUACCAGUCCCUAGAAGGACGCGAUAGAGCCGCGGACUACUUCAGUUACAACACAAUGAAGUGUGACGCUAAUCUACCACGAACAUGGUACAGAUUUACCGGCCCAGCAGGGGCUGUCAUGCCAACACACUGUGUUCCCAAACUGCACUGCGGCACACUCUCUCCUGGUUGGCUAAACGGCAAACAUCCUACUGUGGAAGAAGGGGUGGUGGAACGUAUGGUUUGCUUUACGAACAAUGAUGACUGCUGCUUCUGGUACAGCGAAGUUAGAGUCAGGAAUUGUGGUGAUUUCAUGGUGUACAAAUUUGGUGAAUUUCCUGAAUCUCAGCCGUUUUGCAGUUUGCGAUACUGUGGAGUCGGAAAAACAGGUAAACAGAGCGUAAAAGAAGACUUUAAGUGAUUAUUUUGACCAUGCCCAAGCAACAGACGUCAGAAUUUAGUCCAAUGAGCAUUAACAGCUGAUAAGAAAGCAACUGACUUUGCGGUUUCAAUUUUAACAUUCUUGAAUUCUUGGCCGGAACCCACCAUUUCUACUUCUAAUACACUUUAUUUAAAGAGGGUAGCAAGGAAUAGUUACAGAAACUAGUAAACUUGUGGCCCUCUAUAAAAAAUGUGCUUAUACACAUACAUUUGAAUGAUUUAGCAGGUGUUCCCGACGCAAGUUAAAAACGCUCGCCUUUUUUUUCGUGCUCUUUCAUCCUCCUAACAAUAAGACACUGAAUGUCAUUAAAAUCUUCUCUGGAAAAAUUGAUCUAGGAGCUUGUUAAAGGUAUCCAUUGCGAAGUGCGCGCAAAAAUGACAUAAAUAAAUAUUUGUUUUCAGGUUGUAAAGACAAACAUGGUAAUGUUUACGAAGUUCAUCAGAUUUGGAACCCAAACCCUCUUAUUACCUGCACAUGUUGGCCUGGCUUUAAAGUCGAGUGUAAAAAUACUCGAAGUGGUUGCUGGGAUAGUCUUGGUAAUGCCUUUGGAAAUGGGCAGGAAUGGCUUAGCAGCAGUCUCACUAAAUGUGCCUGUACUGACGAACAAAUUCACUGCACCAAUCUUUCUCGACCGGCUUGCACUGAUGAAAAUGGUCUUGUCAGGGAGCAUGGCAUUAAUUGGUUCCCAGGACCUUGCUUUAAUUGCUCAUGCACGGACGGUGUUAUCAGCUGCGUAAAGUAUGAUGUCUCUGUUGAAUAUGGCUUGUUCCGGAUGACAACAGCUGGAAUUUGCUUGCCCUGUCUUCGGCCAAAUGUUGAUAUUAGACCCUCUGGACAGGGAACUGUUAGCAAUUGCAGAGGUUUGUUUCAUUGGCAAUGAAUAGAAUUAAAUGUGCAUGUAGAUUUAAUUCUUCUAUUGUUGCUCUUUAACUUAUAUUAUGUGACAUUGACAGCUAUUUCGAGAAAGGUUGUCGGAAAAAAAGGUACACGCGACAAUCCCGAAAGGUAAUAUGGGAUACGAUCAAUACACUGUUUCUGACACUGUAGCUGUCGAACCUACUUUUGUUGCUUUCCUUUAGCACUCGCAAACAUACGACCAGCCUCUCGUGUCAUUCAUUCAAAUCUCUCUGAAAAACAGUGCACUCAAAACCACCCAAAAUACCUUUCGGGAUUGUCGCGUACACUUUCUCAAAAUAGCUUUAUACAGGAAUACAAAGUUCCUCAAAAAACUGAACAUUUACUCUUUUGUAUAAUUAAUGAUGGUUCUUGAGUGUACACGAUAAGCGACGGAUGUAAAUAGAGCGAAAGCUAUGGCUGUUUAAUUUUCAAACUACUUGAGGAUAAAAAGAAGAGAGAGAAAAAGACAAAGUCAGUAAACUACACUAAACAUUUUAAUGUUAAAAAUUUUAUAAAUUUUACCAUCUAACUUGUCUUUUGUUUCUAGUCUUUUUUCAGCUUAAGAAUUCAAAUGAAUUAUUUCACUGCUUAAACGGCGCCUUUAUAAAGAAAGAACAUGUUUGUAAUGGAAACAACGAGUGUUUAGAUGGGUCUGACGAGGCUGAUUGCCAGGAUGGUGAGUAUUAUAGUACCUGGAAUUCUAACAGUCCCACAAAUAGUAGUAGAAAGCGAAGGUUGCAUUUGGACAGGUUGCAUUUGCGUGAAAUGACCCCACGCGAGAAAGGCGAGACGCCCCUGUCUAACGUGGGAUGGUUUUCACGCGCGCUCGCGUUUCACCCGCUCUACUAUCCCUGAGGAAAAAUGGGGACUACUAGUAGUAUAGCCCUAACCUGCUGACCUGCCUCUAUGCGUGUUUUUAAGGAAAGACUCAAUUGUGAACAAAAUUCUUUGCAUUCGCACUCUUUGUGCAUGAGUACCCAGUCUUUUCAAAACAACUAUCGUACGAAUUGAAUUCGUUUAUGUAAAACUUCGCGAAUGAAAAUUUUUAAAGCAGGCCUUGGUGGUGAAAUUAUAUUUGCACAAGUGAUAUUUGCGAGACAGUCAAACAUGUUUGUUUCUUAUAAAUUUUUCCAUUUUUCUUAGUUAUCUGUGGGGAUGAACAGGGGCAGGUUUUGAUUCUCAAAGAAGUUUGGAAGGUAAAUCCUGUUGUUAUAAAUAUUAAUAAAUUAUAGUUACCAGCUGUUUCAGUAAGCAUCUUUUUGUUAGCUAUGCCAAGACAGAAAAAAUGUGGUUAAAAAUUGUUUCUCUUUGACAGCCCUGGACUGGAUGAUGAUUUGGUCUGUGAAAUUUCAUGUGGUCCCAAACGUUUGGUGUAAUUAUUUAUCAGUGUAGACUAUAUACAAAAUAGUCCGUAGUUUUGCUUAAGAACGCGCUACUGUUUUCCAGACAAAAAUCAUUGCAAACAAGUGAAAUGUUGUUAUACUUACAGUCGGACCUGACUUAAGAGAUAAAUUUAAUGAAUAAUUAUCUCCGUUUUAGGUUACUGAAUGCAUUGAGUGUAGAUGUGAAGCUGGGUUACUGAAAUGUAAAAGACUACUGAGGGUAGUUUUCCCAGGCAUGUACGCUUAUGCGCCGCUGACUGAAAAAUGUGAACAGCCUUCUUGUAACACAGUGGACUUUAUUAGAGAAAGAAAACAUACGUGCGAAGGUACAGUUUGUCUAUCUGGGGUCUUUAAUUUAUUACUGACUGAUUCGUUCUAUCGUUCUCUUUUCGUAAUUCUUUUUUCCUUUAUUCCUUCACUCGUUCAUUUAUUCAUCCAUCCAUCGAUCCAUCGGUCCGUCUGUCCAUCUGUCCUUCCUUUAAUUCCGUUCGUUCGUUCGUUCCUUCUUACUUUCGUUUGUUCAUUCAUCCAUCCAUCUCCGAACUGAACGUAGCGGUAUUAUUAUAGUCCAGAAUAAAUUAAUGCAGCUAUUAAAAUUGUGUUUUUCUAUCAAACUGAGUUGUUAAAACAAAUUGCGGACGCUAACUUAUUAACUAAACGCGCUCAUUAGAUGCAUCGGAGAAUCCCUCUUUUAAAGAAAAAAAAACCCCACUAAAUUAUCGGCUUUAUUUAACUUUAAGAAGCCAAAUCAUUUAGAAUUCACGCUGGCCUUUUUUUUUUUUUGUAGAAUUCGUGUUUAAGCUAUUCCUUGUUAUUUGAACAUAAUUACUAACAGGAGCCCAUCAAAUGGAGCCUCCAUCUCCAUUAAUUUCUUGAGUCAACCCUUUCCCGAGUAGAUUUAUAAAUAGAACGGCUUGUUUCCCGCGAAAAGUGUCAUAUUUCCGUGAGUCUCGUAUGUCACCGUGAAAAAAAUGAAGUUGGAUGAAGUCGAACUCAUUAGCCCGUCCUUCGACCGUUUUCCUUUUUUACUAUACGUCCAUUUUUACAAUUUUACAGCUGCUGGGAUCUGGGUAUCAUGAAAUUAAAGUUAAUGAAUUACCCGACUGAGACUGAGCAUGAAGCGAUGGGACAAAGGCAGCGAACUGAGGGUCACGGAAAGGUUAUCUUUGCGAGUGUUUUUGUUUUGUUUUGUUUUUUUUGCCGCUUUACAUCCCACAUUUAAGCAUGCACCUUGAAAAGAGUCGAUGAUUAAGCGUUCUGUGGACGAUUUGGAACUUUUCGAUUCGAUGAUCAGCGCCGAAAAAGUGCCAGGAUCAUUUGAUUUUUGUCAUCACCGUGGAGUGGAUUUCGCCAGUUAAGCACCGCAUGCAAAAGCGAUGACCUAAGUAGCAACUAACGAGGAAUGCUUCAGUUCCGAAAUUUGAGAAAUUGCAGUCUUCCUUUACAACUGACUUGUAUCACCUUGAGAGUUGCCUGAUAAAACUGGCACUUGAAAAGUUGAACAGAAGGCAACAGUUGCUCGACCGUCAAUAAUUUGCUAACGGAGGAAUUUGUGACAUCGCGCUCCAGUCCAAAGACCCACUUAUCUCAAGAAAAGCAAAAUGGAUUGUAUCUGCGCCAAAAGAAUUAUGACUGACUAACAGGACAAUUCUCAGCAGUUAAUGCAAAAGUUUAGGCUUAAUUCUUUCCUCCAAAUUCGCAUCUGUGGAUCACUUUUUUGCGAGAAAACAAUGGCUGGGCCCGGCGUUACAAAACAUAGCAGGGAAUCAUCACACUAGCUGAUGGCCAAAACAACCACAAGGACUACAAGUAUUUAUUCAGAUAAACGCAUUUCGGAAAAAAAAGCCUUGAACAACUAGAAAUUUGAUUAAUAUUGAGUCAUUUAGCCGAAAUAAGAACCUUAUCGCUCUAAAAAAAUGGCUAAAAAAAACGAAUCCUGUCAGAACUACAGACUGCAGGUAGUAGUUAAUCAUUAUGCAUGUAACAGACCAGCUUCAUGGCCUCUAUUAACUGUGAGACAAGCAACCAAAAUGAAGAUUAACAUAGUCACAGUGUAAAACUCUCCACAGUAUAAUCUACCCACUAGAAAGAAAAGAAAGAAAAUCUCUGAGGGAUGAAAACGCUAAAGUCACGUUUCACUAGCUUAUGAUUGUGUUUGGCCUGUCAACACCGAAUUUCCUGUUGUUCGAUGAAGUACAAUAGCAGUGUCAUUUCGUUGUUGUGAUUGGCUCUUCCUACCGUUCGCGCGCGAAGUCUCCCCUGGGAACCGUUCUAAUUAUAAAUCUACUCGGGAAAGGGUUGACUCCAAGGGCUUGUAUGGGAGAUGGAGGCUCCAUUUGAUAGGCUCCUGNAUCGCUCUAAAAAAAUGGCUAAAAAAAACGAAUCCUGUCAGAACUACAGACUGCAGGUAGUAGUUAAUCAUUAUGCAUGUAACAGACCAGCUUCAUGGCCUCUAUUAACUGUGAGACAAGCAACCAAAAUGAAGAUUAACAUAGUCACAGUGUAAAACUCUCCACAGUAUAAUCUACCCACUAGAAAGAAAAGAAAGAAAAUCUCUGAGGGAUGAAAACGCUAAAGUCACGUUUCACUAGCUUAUGAUUGUGUUUGGCCUGUCAACACCGAAUUUCCUGUUGUUCGAUGAAGUACAAUAGCAGUGUCAUUUCGUUGUUGUGAUUGGCUCUUCCUACCGUUCGCGCGCGAAGUCUCCCCUGGGAACCGUUCUAAUUAUAAAUCUACUCGGGAAAGGGUUGACUCCAAGGGCUUGUAUGGGAGAUGGAGGCUCCAUUUGAUAGGCUCCUGUUACUAAGCAAUGUUUUUUUUAUUAAUGAUCAUGAAUGCAUGAUUUCGUCAGGAAUUGAAACCACCAAGGGAGGGCGUGUUAUUCUUAGAGGUAAAACCUGGAAAUACCAAGACUGCAAGUUUACAUUCAGGAAACUGAGUGAGAUACAGGGAUGUCCAAAAAUGCUGGGGCCAACGUGCGAUAUGUACGACGGAGCCAUAUGCUGUGCUCAGAAAUGUCAAGGUAACGCCCUUCCUACUUUCAUGAUACUAUACUGCUGUACACUUGAAGAUGCUUCGAUUUGUUUUGACCAAAUUUUCCUUGCCAUGGCUUAAUCUGAAAAAUUAAAAAUGCGAAAAAAAACAGGCAAUAAAUAAAAUAAAAAGGGCACUUGCAUGACCUGGCCUUUUUUGAUAAGGCUCGAACCACAAGUACUUCAAUCUUGAAUUUUUUUUCCCUUGUAGCGCUUGCUGAACUCACCAGUCAGAUGAGAGGGAUGCCACAGUUGUGUCCCGGAGGCCUUCACGCCGUUGCAACUGGCGGUGCAUGUGUUACUCCCGAACCAAACUGUCUUCUGGGUCAUGAUUUCUGCCAAACAAGUAUGUUGAUUGUAGUCCAUUAUGGAAUUUGUUAAGUUUAGACACACAGCAAAUCUAAGCGAACCCAUUGGUUGGUUCUUGCGGACAAAUUUAACAGAAGCUGAUUGAUAUUCUCGUUAAUUCAAACUGAGGCCAUAUUUUAUAGCUGUUAUGCCAGUCCUGGAACAUCUAUCGUUGGUUCCACUGUCCGCUCAUCCGUUUGUAAGUUUGAAGGUUUCAUGAGUGAAAUUUCAAAGAAAGAACAAUCGCAUUGCACAAGGGGUUUUGAAUCUGGGAUUAAUUCUAAAAACAUAGAACUUAGCAGUUUGUAUAUGGUAAGGGUAGCUAAGGGUCUGCUUAGGAGGGGUCUAUCUUUGGUGGCCUAACUCAUUUCAGUGUGUGAAUGAUCAUUAACACCUUAUUUUGGAAGUAACAAUCAGCAAACUUCAUUUUAGGAUCUUGAGUCGUUUUUUCUAAGCUAAGCGGAAGUCUUUAGAUGGUUAAGAAUCUACUUUUUCGGAGCCUCGCUUCAUGCGAGCAUUUUAUCGUCUUUGUUUGGAUAUUUUGCGUUUUAGAUGUCUCUUGUCAAGAUGAGAACGCCAACACGUACUUUGAAGGAGCCCAAUGGUCUGUUGGCGACUGUAUCACGUGCAGGUGCAACAAUGGAUUCAUAUCAUGUGAACAACACGUGACCUUCUUGACAUCUAGUGAUGGACUCGUCCAAAACUGUACUCAACCGCAAUGUAAUGUGGUAGCAUUUGUAAAAACAAACAGAGGAAUUUGUAAAGGCAAGUACAUUGCUGAGCCUAUUUUGAACUCAGAGAAUUUUGGUUAAAGAACCGGUUUGAAAUUCAUCUGUGAAGUUCUCUACAAUGACUGACUUAAUGAAGGGUUAAGUUUUCAAUCUUAUUACAUCAGUGAUCAGAACAGUUCAGUCUAGACCUCUAUAAAGAAUGAAAACAAAAAGUAUACGUCAAUAAAUUUAAAUUGCUAAUUCAUGGCUUUUCUUGUCAAAGAAGUUUGUACAUCCGCAUAGCUAUUUUUACCACGUGGUUGAUUAUUGCAAAAAAGUUUUUAUUCUAAUCAUUUAACAUCAAAGCUAAAAGAUGGGUAAUUACUUUGACUGUUACUGACGCUGUUAAUCCGGCGAACUGUAGAAAACCAGUAGUCACAUUUCCUCAGAUUAACCCUUUCAAAGCAAGUUUUCCUUGAACGGUUAAUGGCCAUGUUAAUUCUCUCCCUAUACGAUUUCGCAGUAAUUGGUCAAGUUCUUACUCAGAUAAGGUCUGAGUUAUGACGCUAAUAGCGUGAUUGUUAGGAUCAUAGAUGUGACCAGUUUAUCCCUCUUUACGUCUUAUCUCUGAAGCUUGCAGAUGGAAGAAUCAGGUAUUAUUUGAUGGUCAUCGCUGGAGUGUUAAUGACGUCGACUUCUUCUGUUUCUCGGGAGAAAGAGUGAGGCCUGGAUGUUACUUAGAAGCCGAUAAGAUCCACUGCACUGGCGCUUUCAAAGGUUUGUUCCUUGUUUACGUGCUCUUACCGGCAAACUGUUGCAUUAAAGUACGAUAAGAUUUUUAAAACCGAAGCAGAGCCUGGGAGCGCGUCACUGAGCAUCAAAAUCGCACGUUAAGAUUAAGACAAAGAUGUAUUUUCAAUGGCCCUGCUUCCUCGUGCGCCCCUCGCGCUUCCCUCAUGCCUAAAAUCCCUUUUUCGGCCUUCCUUUUCGAACGCCUGCCUCGCGCUACCGACAUCAUGCAUGUCAUGAACGUGGGAGGGAAAAAGUGGAAAUGACCCUUUUAAAAAUAUAUUUUUACCGUUCCAGGAAUACAAGAUGUAACGCACAUUUCUGGAGAGUUGUUUCUCUGUGAUAGUGGGGAUGAAAUAAGGUCCCUAAAUGACAGGUGUAAUAAAAUAGACGAAUGUAAUGACAAGUCAGAUGAAAAAGACUGUAUCCACUGUAAGUAAACCGCGAUCAUAGGUUUUUAUAAUUAACACACUGACUUGUUAUUUUCUGAUCUCUCCAACUGAAGUAAUCUCUUUAUUAGAUAAGGUUUAACGGGUGGUCGAAUAUUAGUUGAUAUCCUACGUUUGAUUUUAAUGUUCUUUGUGUGAUUUUAAAUCUACUAACCUAGGGAAAUCACCUAGUUGAUUUGAAUCGAACGUUGAUCAUCUGAAAAAGAUAAUCCUGCUUUCGAUUUGGUAUCCUUCGGGUUUAUUUCAGUGACCCGUCACGUUGUACCAAACUGGAAGUCGUAGUAUUCAUCAGGAACCUCUCCCUCAGAUGUUCUUAGGGCAGGAACAGACUCGUGACGAACCCGUGAGAACGUCUGCGGGGGAGGCUUAUUUAUCAGGAGAUCCUGCGCGAUUCCCUUUUUCUAACAGGGGGAAGGAAAAUUUAAAACCAAACAUUAUAUUUCAAUAACUGGAAACAAGCGCAAUGGAACCUUAGGUUUUGACGCCUCGCACGGAAUAUCUUGUGAGUAUACCUGCCCUCCUUCCAAUCGUUUUUACCGACGUAGUCUUGAUCUAGGGGAUAACAUUACCAGAAAUUUAAGACAAAAUGGCGGACGCCCAGACUCGACCCAGACCUUCCGCUCUCUAAGAAUGGCCGCCGAUCGUUAUAGAGAAAUGUAUGGAGGAAAUUGAAGAGGUGGAAAUUUCAGAUCUGAAGUAGCACACACGACAUUUGCCGACCUCUAAAUGUAAAGUGUACGUACCAUAUCAUUAUUUACGGUAGUUUUGGUCUCUCGAAAGUUCGCCAACGGGCCGCAAACAACACAUUUUACGAACGGCUGUUACAGUUCCUUGAGCUCUCUAAUUCUUUCAAAAAAGCUUAGAGCUGCCUACCUUCUCUCCACAUUUUAGAACAUUUCGUUGAUGUGAAUCCUUGGUGCCGACCUCUCUAAUCAUCGAUCGAUGUUCAAACUUUAAAACGUGAUAAAAAUCAGCCUUGAUCCAUUCCCCAAAUGGCCGCAAAAUUUGCGAUAAAAGAGGUAAAAAUACAUCCAUUUCUGCGAUAAAAGCGGUACAAAACGCACCACUGCGCUUAUUAUUCCUUGUGAAAAGUAGGGUUUCUGUCUCCAGUUUGUUUUGAUCGCCAUCUUUACAGGUAGGUACUUCAUAUAUGAUUAUUAUUAUACAGAAUAUCGCUGGUUAAGUGUACUGUGGGCCCUGAUUUUUGAAAAUUAUUUUUACUCCACCAAGUCACGCAUGAAACGAAGUUGUUUCUUCUCUCUAAAAUCGUCAUUCGAACAGGAGCCCGUACUCUAGUUUCCCCUUUUUCAUUCUCCCUUGUAUUGACUACCUCAAAAAAGAAAUUAAAUUGAUUCAGAUCCUUUGAUAGUGUGUCAUUUCAGUCCUUGUUUUUUCUACGUGCUGCUUUCUUUAUGCCGCCAUCUUGAUAAUUUGAAACCGCGUGCCAAAUACUUCGCGGGCGCAAAAUGUCGCCGAUUUCUGGUAAUGCAGCUAUAUAUGGCGUGGAAGUGAUCUGAAACUCCUUUUCUCUUCUGCCUGACAGAUUUUUGCCCAUCGCAAACGAAGUUUAACCUAAAAUGGAACAGAACUUCGGUCGGAACCGUUGUUUAUAGAAACUGUUCAAAUGUGGAAUCAAAUCUUGAAGGUAAAGCUAUUGUCUCCCUAGGCCUUUUCUUGAACUUGAAUUGUUCCUGAUCUCGCUACACUAGUGUUAGCAACCGUAGCCCUAUUUUUUAUCUCUUCCUCUUUAUUUCUUUGCGGUUAUAUCAAGGUCAGUUUAGUAGCCGCUGUACAGAAAGCAGCAUUCCCGCAAGCUGGGAACACAAGGAAAGUUGUGACUGCGAGAGACAAGCAAUUCUCCGGCAAGUCAGAUCGAAGGUAAAACGUCUUCUUCAUAAGUCAGCUUAACUCUUAAAAUUCUCAAAACACCAAAGGGGAAAAGACUUAUUUUGUCAACUGUCAAAGAGAAAUUCUCAACUGCGCCCUAGAGUGACCAGAAACCCUCUUCUUUGUACCAAGCCCAAAUUACACCCUGCUACAGACGACCUGUGAGAAGCAAUUACUAAGCAUCUACUGACAGAGGCUACUUUAAAAAGAUACUUAAUUCAAAAUUUAAAUCAAUUUGAAACGAUAUAAUUGACCUGAUUAAAACACCCACAUACACUCAGGGGAGGAGGCCGAGCUCACUACAGCUACACAAAGGCCACAAUAGAGUCUCGGCUACAUCUGCCUUUAGAUAGCUUUAUAACUAUGCGAAACCACAGCACUGGUAAAGAUUACAAUGCCCUGGAAGCAUUCUGUGACGAACCUAAUUUUUUUUUGUAUUUUUUAGUUAUCUUCAGCUAAUUUAACGAACUUGAUGGAACUGAUCGGAGACCUGAAAAAGGAAGCUAACAACUUUACCAAUAAACGACAAUUCUUUUGUUACCUUAAAGAUUUGUUUCAAACGGGAGUGCGUAUUUUAAGCCCAAUUAGCCAGCGUAAUGACAUGGUGGUUUUAAACUUCUCCAAGGUGAGCUAA